AUGUCGAUAUUGUAUCAGAUUGGAUGCAGCGUUAUUGUUUGUUAUACAUCUUUCACUUUGGGCCUGAUGUACGUCUGGCCGUCAACGACAGUGAAGAUUUUUUCAUCAUCGAACACGACCCUGCACCGGCCUAUGUAUGAGACGGAAAUAGCGCUGUUUGGAAGUCUCUCAUCCAUCGGUGCGCUCGUUAGCACGCUUCUAUCGGCAUUCCUCCUCGAUAAUAUCGGUAGAAAGUACAGUUGCGUGCUCUCUUCCCUGGCACAAGUGAUGUCAUGGACGAUCGUUAUCGUCAGUAACCGGGUGGAGGCAAUUCUCGUGGCAACAUUUAUUUCUGGAAUCGGCGGCAACUGCCUUCUCAUCGUGCCUAUUUUCGUCAGCGAAUUCUGCCAGGACUCGAUACGAGGCACGACGACUUCGGGGUCUAUGAUUGCUUUCAACCUUGGAAUGCUAAUUAGUUAUCUUUUAGGCGGAUGUCUGAAGUACAAUACCAUGAUGUACACAUGCUUUUUGUUGUCAAUUGCGAGUGUUGUGAUGCUUCUUCUUUUGAAGGAGUCACCAUUGUUCCUCAUGAAAAAGGGACUGGAGAAGGAUGCGGCAAAUGUCAUCGCUUUUUACAAUCGAGAAAAGGUGGAUUCCAUUGAGGUUUUAGAGAAAAUAAACAAAAUAAAGAUGGCCCUGAAUCCGGAUUUUAAAAGUAUGACUCUGAAUGAAGAGAAAUUAAACCGAAAUUCGCAGUCGCUGAAUAAAAAUUGCAAAUGGGCAUUCUUUAAAAAAUCCCGUUCUACUCGUCGAGCACUAUUAGUUGUAUUAAUAAUAUACACCGCAGUUAUUUUCCAAGGUACUGUGGUCGUGCAAGUAUAUGCUAAGCCACUCUUCGAAGAGGCUAUACCCAAUAUAUCUGCAACGUUGUCUAGUGUUCUGCUGGCAAUUAUUUCAGUUCUGUCAAAUUGCGUUGGUGCAUAUUUGGUCGAUGUGGUGGGCAGACGGGCACUCAUAAUCUACUCCUCCGUUGGUGCGGGCGUUAGUUGCGUGAUACUGGGCAGUCAGAUCUCUCUAAAUUGGGGCCCACGCUGGAUCAACGGUGUCUUUAUAUACCUGUUCAGCAUCACGCAUAUGGCUGGUUCAGAAAUGGUGCCGAUUGUGCUGGUAUCUGAAGUGUUUUUGCCGGAUAUAAAGAGUUUGAUGUCAAUGAUAUGUCUAGAAUGGGCAUGGAUCUGCAACUUCACGGUUCUGUUUAUUUUCAACCCACUAGUAUCUGCCAUAGGCCUUGGUCCAGUCUUCUACAUCUUCGCUGGAAUCUGUUUUGGUGGAGCCGUGUUCUGUUUCUUUUUUCUGCCUGAGACUAAGGGAUUAAGUGUUGACUUAAUAGAGACGCUAUUUGCUAAAAAUGUUUAUGAUAGCAGCUCAACAGAAAAGGUUAACUAA